AUGGUUGGUGCACCAGUGUCCUCCGCCAACGCCUUGGAUGCUAAAUACGCUCCACCUGCGGCAGCAUACGCCACUCCUGGUGCUGCACUUUCAACCGUCCCGCCGUACAAUCCUUCAGCACCACCAGCAGUCCCCCCUUACUCCGCCAUGCCACAGCCAACCGUCAUCCCCUACGCCGCCAUGCCACAACAAGCAGCCGCCGCCCCUUACCCUGCCGUUCCACCACCAGGUCCUCCAGCCGCCUACCCAUGUGCACCAGCCGCAACCUACACAAAUGCACCAUCUAUCCAUCCUACAGCUCCUCCUGGUCUACCCACAUCUUCUCCUUUCCCAUCAUACCCUCCUAAUUCAAAUCCAAUGGCAUCAAUUUUACCAUCUUACCCUCCAAAUCCUGCAUACCCUCCUACCGGAUCAAGCCCUUUUCCAGGAUUAAACACAUACCCUCCAACUUCUGGUAACUCAACUUAUCCUGCCAAUCCAUCUCCCUUUCAAACUUUGAUUCCUUCCACUGCAUCAUAUCCGCCAUCAACCGCCACAUAUCCACCACAAACAACAUACCCACCAUCAGCCUCCACGUACCCGCCACAACCACAAGGUUAUCCACCCCAACAAACAUCAGGACCAGCAGGGGUGUACCCACCACCCCCGUCCGUUGGAGUGUAUCCGCCACCCCCGUAUUAA